AUGGCAAACCUUGGAACUACACAGAGAAUACCAACAUCCUCAAAACCUUCAUCUCUAACAACGAACGCGUCUGAACCGAAAGGACCGCAUGAAAAACCAUUUGCUGAUUUCAAAUUCUACUGUCCAAUUAACAUUCCCUUGACAGCAGAAGCUGCGGCGUCUCGUAUCAUAAGAAACUUAGGGAAUUUGGGGUUAUACUACACACUCUUUAUUUGGAUCAUACUCUUCAUAACCCUUAUACCUAACAGAAAAGUGUCCUUGAUUCUGUUGGUUAUCAUGACUUAUGUGACAACCCUUUAUUGUUUACUAUUAAGAGCAUGUCCUAAUUCAGUUUUGCUGCAUAGAAUCAUAGACAAAAGGAUUAUAUUGAGUUUGCUAUUUAUUGCAACUGCAAUUCAGCUGAUUUUGACACGUGCAGGUAUUCAUUUUGCAGUUACGAUGACUUGUAGUGUGCCGGUAGUUUUGCUACAUGCAGUUUUAUGGGCUAGUAGUUGCGAACUUGCCUAUGAAACGGAGGAAGAAGGUUCUUGUAAAGAAGAAUUGGCUCCUUUUACAAGCGGCCAUAAUGAUAGCGAAGCUCAGAACUCGGACGUUUGA